CUUCUGUUGAGCAAGAUACGAAGUCAGAAGAGGACAAAAAACAUUGCCAUUAUUCAAGUCCAUGAAGGACUAUGGAAUCUGCGUUAGAACUGCUUUAUAAUACUCUAGAUGACCUGGAAAAAGAAAAUAUAAAGAGAUUUAGGAGUCUCUUAAAAGAAGAUGGGCGCAUUGGAGCUGGUAAACUGGAGGAUGCUGGUGGCACUGACGUAGUGGAUAUGAUGGUGGAGUGUUAUGGACCAGAAGAUGCUGUAACGAUCACACUGAAGAUCCUGAGGAAGAUGAACCAGAACCAGCUGGCUAAAGAGUUACAGGACAAGCACGAAGAAGUGCAAAAAUCAUUAGAGGCAGCUGAGAAACCCACGAGAGAACGAGAUUUCUGGCUGCAGGAAUUCUUGAAAACUCACAAAAUGAAAAUGAAGGAGAAAGUGGAACACAUAUUUGAGGGUAAAGAGGCAAAGGAGGAAUAUCUGAAGAAUGUUUUCACAGAACUCUUCAUUACGGAGGGGGAUAUUGAAAAAGUCAAUCAUGAACAUGAGGUUCUGCAGAUUGAUGAUGCCUUUAAAACCUGUAAAUCACAGAACAGGUCAAUCAAAUGCAAUGAUGUAUUUAGUCUGAACAAAUAUAAGAAGAAAAAGAUUGUGUUGACCAAAGGCAUCGCUGGCAUUGGAAAAACUGUCUCAGUGCACAAGUUCAUUCUGGACUGGGCAGAAGGAAAAGCCAAUGGCAAUAUUGACUGUGUGUUUCUGCUUCCGUUCCGAAAGAUUAACUGCAUUAAAAACAAAAAGAUCAGUCUGCAUGAGUUUCUACAGAAGUUUAAUCCUGAAAUGCAGGACCUGGAAACAACAAAGAUAAAUAAGGUAUAUAAAUGUACGCUUGCGUUUAUCUUUGAUGGACUGGAUGAGAGUCGACUGACUCUGGAUUUUGACAGUGGAAUGGUGACGAGUGUCGAGGAGCGAUCAUCUGUAGAUGAACUGUUUGCAAGUCUGGUGAAUAGGACUCUGCUUCCAUCAGCGCUAGUCUGGGUGACCUCACGACCAGCAGCAGCCAAUCAGAUCCCUCCUGAGUAUGUCGGGUUGUUCACAGAGGUGCGAGGAUUCACUGACCAGCAGAAGGAGGAGUACUUCUGCAAGAGAUUCAAAGAUGAGACUCAGGCCUCCAGAAUGAUCUCACACAUUAGGAAAUCUCGAAGUCUCUACAUCAUGUGCUACAUUCCCGUGUUCUGUUGGAUCACAGCUACUGUUCUUCAAGACAUCCCUAUUGGGAACAAAGCAGAGGACAUCAACACAACACUCACUGAAAUGUACAUCCAUUUCCUGCUGAUGCAGAUGAACAUGAAGAACCAGAAGUAUGACGGGAAAAAACAAAGAGAACAUACCAAGCUGUUAGAUUCCAAUAAAACAAUGAUUUUGAAGUUAGCCAAGCUAGCGUUUGAACAACUAAAGAAGGAAAAUAUUGUUUUCUACGAAAAAGAUCUGCAAGCAUGUGGUAUUGAUGUGAGUGACUUUGAGUCCACUGGAAUGCUGACUGAGAUCUUUCAGCAAGAGGCUGGACUUCACGAGGUGAAGGUCUUCUGCUUUGUGCAUCUGAGUGUUCAAGAGUUUCUCGCUGCAAUGCAUGUGUUCCUCUGCUACCUGAACAAGAACAUGGAGGAGCUUCAGUUUUUCUUUGAAGAAACACAGAAUGAGGUCAGGCUUAACUGUGAGCUUCAGUCUGAAAGUCCAUUGCAUUAUUUACUAGUGAAGGCUGUUGAGAAAGCAAUGCAGAGUCAGAGAGGACAUUUAGACCUCUUUUUGCGGUUUCUGAUGGGCAUUUCACUGGAAUCCAAUCAGAACCUGCUCAGAGGCCUGUUCCCUCACACUGAAGACAGCAAAGACAGCGUCACAAAAACAACCGAGCACAUUAGAGGACUAUUACAAAAGUACAUCUCACCUGAAACUUCAGUAAACCUGUUUUACUGCUUACUGGAGCUCAAUGACAAUUCAUUAUAUAUGGAAAUCCAAAGUUACAUCAAAUCAAAUAGAAGAGCCUUCCUCUCAUCUUCAAUGUGUUCAUUGCUGGCCUACGUACUGCUGAUGUCAGAGGAGGUGCUGGAUGAGCUCGACCUGAAGAGGUACAAGACCUACGGGAAAGGUUAUAUGAGUCUCUUGCCAGUUGUGAGAUGCUGCAGAAAAGCCAUGUACGUAACUUGUUGA